GCUGGAGAGGCGGAGGCGGCUCCAGGCGCUGGGAGUGGAAGGAGGAGCGGGAGAGCGCGAGGGAGAGGGAGGGGGCGGAGUAGGGGGAAAGGGAAAGAGGCUAAUUCAAAAAGGGUACUGGAGGGAAGCGCGCACGGGCGGUGCGCUGCGGAGAACCAACUCGCGGCGGGAGCUUGGGUCUUCUCUAGGCGCCAAGAGGUCCCUAACCUGGGCUGGAACCUUGCCCUGCACAGGCAGCUGCUACCCUCCAUGUGAAAGGCAGAAAAUAAAAUGAAGAUUUUUCAGUGCAAGAUGCGGUACUGGCUGCUUCCAGCUCUUUUGGCAGUUGCGUAUUUCUGCACCAUUGUCCAGGGUCAAGUGGCUCCACCUACAAGGUUAAGAUAUAAUGUAUUAUCCCAUGACAGUAUACAGAUUUCAUGGAAAGCUCCAAGAGGGAAAUUUAGUGGAUACAAACUUCUUGUGACUCCAGCUUCAGGUGGAAAAACUAAUCAGUUGAAUCUCCAGAACACUGCAACUAAAGCAAUUAUUCAAGGUCUUAUGCCGGACCAGAAUUACACAGUUCAAAUUAUUGCGUACCAUAAAGACAAAGAAAGCAAGCCGGCUCAAGGCCAAUUCAGAAUUAAAGAUUUAGAAAAAAGAAAGGAUCCAAAGCCCAGAGGCAAGAUUGUGGACAAAGGAAAUGGGAGUAAAGCAUCUUCACCAGACGAAGUGAAAUUUUUCUGUCAAACUCCAGCCAUUGCUGACAUUGUAAUCCUGGUUGAUGGUUCAUGGAGUAUUGGAAGAUUUAACUUCAGACUGGUUCGUCUUUUCUUGGAAAACCUGGUUACAGCAUUCAAUGUGGGCUCAGAAAAGACACGAAUCGGUCUUGCACAGUAUAGUGGUGACCCCAGAAUAGAAUGGCACUUGAAUGCCUUCAGCACAAAGGAUGAGGUGAUUGAAGCUGUCCGAAACCUUCCAUACAAGGGAGGAAAUACACUCACAGGUCUUGCUUUGAACUACAUUUUUGAAAAUAGCUUUAAACCAGAAGCAGGAUCAAGGACUGGAGUAUCCAAAAUUGGCAUUUUAAUCACAGAUGGAAAAUCCCAAGAUGAUAUUAUUCCACCAUCUAGAAACCUUCGUGAGUCUGGUGUAGAACUGUUUGCCAUAGGGGUGAAAAAUGCGGACCUGAAUGAACUGCAGGAGAUCGCCUCGGAACCAGACAGCACCCACGUGUACAACGUUGCUGAAUUUGACCUGAUGCACACGGUUGUGGAGAGUCUGACGAGGACUGUCUGCUCCAGAGUGGAAGAACAGGACAGGGAAAUUAAAGCCUCAGCCCUCGCCACCAUUGGGCCACCUACAGAGUUGAUUACUUCUGAAGUCACUGCCAGAAGCUUUAUGGUUAACUGGACUCAUGCCCCAGGAAAAGUGGAAAAAUACAGAGUUGUGUAUUAUCCCACCAGAGGUGGAAAACCAGAGGAGGUGGUGGUGGAUGGAAGCGUAUCUUCCACAGUGUUGAAAAACUUGAUGUCUUUAACUGAGUAUCAGAUAGCAGUCUUUGCAAUAUAUGCCCACACUGCUAGCGAAGGCCUACGGGGAACUGAAACUACACUUUCCUUGCCCAUGGCAUCCGACCUUGAACUGUACGAUGUGACGGAGAACAGUCUGCGGGUCAGAUGGGAUGCAGUGCCUGGGGCCUCAGGGUACCUGAUCCUUUAUGCUCCUCUAACAGAGGGUCUGGCUGGGGAUGAAAAAGAGAUGAAAAUUGGAGAGACCCACACAGAUAUUGAAUUGAGUGACUUGUUGCCCAAUACCGAAUACACAGUCACGGUUUAUGCCAUGUUUGGAGAAGAGGCCAGCGAUCCUGUUACAGGACAAGAAACAACAUUGCCUUUAAAUCCACCAAGAAACCUGAGAAUCUCCAAUGUUGGCUCUAACAGUGCUCGAUUAACCUGGGACCCAACUUCAAGAAAGAUCAUUGGUUAUCGAAUUGUGUAUAAUAAUGCAGACGGCACUGAAAUCAAUGAGGUUGAAGUUGAUCCUGUUACUACAUUCCCUCUGAAAGGCUUGACACCCCUCACAGAGUACACUGUUUCCAUUUUCUCCAUCUAUGAUGAAGGGCAGUCGGAGCCCCUGACCGGGAUUUUCACCACAGAGGAGGUUCCAGCCCAGCAAUACUUGGAAAUUGAUGAGGUGACGACAGACAGUUUUAGGGUGACCUGGCAUCCCCUUUCUGUUGAAGAAGGGCUACACAAGUUGAUGUGGAUUCCAGUCUACGGGGGGAAGACUGAGGAGGUUGCCUUAAAAGAAGAGCAGGACUCAUAUGUCAUUGAAGGCCUGGAGCCUGGCACGGAGUAUGAAGUUUCACUGUUGGCUGUGCUUGACGAUGGGAGUGAGAGUGAGGUGGUAACUGCGGUUGGGACCACACUUGACAGUGUUUGGACAGAACCAGCUACAACCAUAGUACCUACCAGCCCUGUGACUUCAGUUUUCCAGACAGGAAUCAGAAACCUGGUUGUAGGUGAUGAAACCACUUCUAGCCUGCGGGUAAAAUGGGACAUUUCUGACAGCAACGUGCAGCAGUUUAGGGUGACCUACCUGACAGCUCAAGGGGACCCUGCGGAAGAAGUGGUAGGAAUGGUUAUGGUGCCUGGAAGCCAGAACAAUCUCCUUCUGAAGCCUCUGCUUCCCGACACUGAAUACAAAGUCACGGUGACUCCCAUCUACACGGACGGAGAAGGCGUCAGUGUCUCUGCCCCUGGAAAAACCUUGCCCUCCUCUGCUCCCCAAAACUUACGGGUGUCAGAGGAAUGGUAUAACCGGUUGAGAAUUACAUGGGAUCCACCAUCUGCCCCCGUAAAGGGCUAUAGGGUUGUCUACAAACCCGUCAGUGUUCCAGGCCCAACACUGGAAACUUUUGUGGGAGCUGACAUUAACACCAUUCUUAUCACAAACCUCCUCAGCGGAAUGGAUUACAACGUGAAAAUAUUUGCCUCCCAGGCCUCCGGCUUCAGCGAUGCCCUGUCAGGCCUGGUGAAGACAUGGUUCUUGGGUGUGACCAAUCUCCAAGCCAACCAGAUUGAAAUGACCAGCUUGUGUGCUCAGUGGCAGAUGCAGCGUCAUGCCACAGCCUAUAGGAUAGUUAUAGAAUCCCGCCAGGAUCCACAAAAGCGAGAAUCCACUGUGGGUGGAGGGACAACCAGGCAUUGCUUCUAUGGCCUCCAGCCUGACACAGAAUACAAAAUCAGUGUUUACACAAAGCUCCAGGAGAUCGAGGGACCUAGUGUGAGCAUAAUGGAAAAAACACAGUCACUUCCUACUGAACCACCAACUUUUCCUCCAACUAUUCCACCAGCAAAAGAAGUAUGUAAAGCUGCAAAGGCAGAUCUGGUGUUUAUGGUGGAUGGAUCGUGGAGCAUUGGAGAUGAUAAUUUCAAUAAGAUCAUCAACUUUCUGUAUAGCACUGUUGGAGCCCUGAACAAAAUUGGCACAGAUGGAACUCAGGUUGCAAUGGUUCAAUUCACUGAUGAUCCCAGAACAGAAUUUAAACUUGAUGCUUACAAAACCAAAGAGACUCUUCUUGAUGCAAUUAAACACAUUUCAUACAAAGGAGGAAAUACAAAAACGGGAAAAGCAAUUAAGCAUGUUCGAGAUAACUUGUUUACUGCAGAGUCAGGCACAAGAAGAGGCAUCCCGAAGGUUAUUGUGGUUAUAACUGAUGGAAGAUCACAAGAUGAUGUGAACAAAAUCUCCAGGGAGAUGCAAUUAGAGGGCUACAGCAUUUUUGCCAUUGGUGUGGCUGAUGCAGAUUACUCGGAGUUGGUUAGCAUUGGCAGUAAGCCCAGUGCACGCCAUGUCUUCUUUGUGGAUGACUUUGACGCCUUUAGGAAAAUUGAAGAUGAGUUAAUUACUUUUGUCUGCGAAACCGCAUCAGCAACCUGCCCACUGGUGCACAAGGAUGGCAUUGAUCUUGCAGGAUUUAAGAUGAUGGAAAUGUUUGGUUUGGUAGAAAAGGAUUUUUCCUCAGUGGAAGGGGUUUCCAUGGAGCCUGGUACCUUCAACCUGUAUCCAUGUUACCAACUCCAUGAAGAUGCCCUGGUUUCCCAGCCAACCAAAUACUUGCAUCCAGAAGGAUUGCCCUCUGACUACACAAUCAGUUUUCUAUUCCGAAUUCUUCCUAAUACUCCCCAGGAGCCAUUUGCUCUUUGGGAGAUUUUGAAUAAAAAUUCUGACCCACUGGUUGGAGUCAUUUUAGAUAAUGGUGGGAAAACCCUAACAUAUUUCAACUAUGACCACAGUGGGGACUUUCAAACUGCUACUUUUGAAGGACCUGAAAUUAGAAAAAUUUUCUAUGGAAGUUUUCAUAAGCUACACAUUGUUGUCAGUGAGACUUUGGCCAGAGUGGUCAUUGACUGCAAGCAAGUGGGUGAGAAAGCAAUUAAUGCAUCGGCUAAUAUCACAUCGGAUGGUGUUGAAGUUCUAGGGAGAAUGGUUCGAUCAAGAGGACCAAAUGGAAACUCUGCACCAUUCCAGUUACAGAUGUUUGAUAUUGUUUGCUCCACAUCAUGGGCCAAUAAAGACCAAUGCUGUGAACUUCCAGGCCUGAGGGAUGACGAGUCCUGCCCAGACCUUCCACAUUCCUGCUCCUGUUCUGAAACCAAUGAAGUGGCCCUGGGACCAGCAGGCCCACCAGGUGGUCCAGGACUCCGAGGACCAAAAGGGCAACAAGGUGAACCAGGCCCAAAGGGACCAGAUGGCCCUAGGGGUGAAACGGGCCCUCCAGGACCUCAGGGGCCCCCUGGACCCCAAGGACCAAGUGGUCUGUCCAUUCAAGGAAUGCCUGGAAUGACAGGUGACAAAGGAGAGAAAGGAGAUACUGGCCCUCCUGGUCCACAGGGUAUCCCAGGAGGCGUUGGUUCACCAGGACGUGAUGGUUCACCAGGCCAGAGGGGCUUUCCAGGAAAGGAUGGUUCCUCUGGCCCUCCAGGACCACCAGGGCCAAUUGGCAUUCCUGGAGCUCCAGGGGUCCCAGGGAUUACAGGAAGCAUGGGACCACAAGGUGCUCUGGGACCGCCUGGUGUCCCUGGACCAAAGGGAGAACGAGGAGAACGAGGUGACCUGCAGUCUCAAGCCAUGGUGAGAGCAGUGGCACGUCAAGUAUGUGAACAGCUCAUCCAGAGUCACAUGGCCAGGUACACAGCCAUCCUCAACCAGAUUCCCAGCCACUCCUCAUCCACCCGGACCAUCCAGGGGCCUCCUGGGGAGCCUGGGAGACCAGGCUCACCUGGAGCCCCUGGUGAACAAGGACCCCCAGGCACACCAGGCUUCCCAGGAAAUGCAGGCAUGCCAGGAUCCCCAGGAGAACGAGGUCUAACUGGUAUCAAGGGAGAAAAAGGAAGUCCAGGUGUUGGAACUCAAGGUCCAAGAGGCCCUCCUGGACCAGCAGGACCUUCAGGGGAGAGUCGGCCUGGCAGCCCUGGGCCCCCUGGGUCUCCCGGACCAAGGGGUCCACCAGGUCAUCUGGGGGUGCCUGGACCACAAGGUCCUUCCGGUCAGCCUGGAUAUUGUGACCCGUCAUCAUGUUCUGCCUACGGUGUGGGAGCUUCGCGUCCGGAUCAGCCAGAAUUCACCCCUGUCCAAGAUGAGCUGGAAGCCAUGGAACUGUGGGGCCCCGGGAUCUGAUAACCUCAGGAGAACUUGGAAGGCCAACUGCAAGAACUCUUAAGGAACCUUCUUUGAGAAAAUAUUGUCGUGUGGUUUGUAUGCUACUUCUGGGGGGCUCAUUUCAGCAGCCUAAAUCUCCUCUUUGGAUAAUGUUAAUAUUAUUGUUAUUAACAAAAAAUAUAUUUUUUAAAAAAAUCCCCUUAAUCUAUGACACCGUAGAAAUGAUUUCCCUUUGCUGUUUUAAUGGCAUGCCAGAUAAUUUGUUUUUCCAGAGAAUAGUGCUCAAAGAGGAAUUGGGAAAAAUAAAUGGAACCCUGGAAUCCUUUCUCUCAAGUUCUAAGAUAAACAAAACAGAUAUGAUUGUGUUUGAGGGAAAUGGGGCCCCAGCAGAAAAAGAAUUCAAAGAGAGUCCAAGAUUAUACCAUUUACUCCUACCCCCAUGGGAAUGAUGUUGCUGGUAAGAAAAAAGGGACAUUAUUGGAGAAACUACCUCUUGUUUAAUUGAUCUGUCCAACUCUGAGAUCACUUGGUAACUGGUUUCACGGGUAUCCAAAACUAAAUGUUAGAAUAUAACCUUUCUGAAUCUGGUAAUUUUAAAGGUAGAUUUAGUUUUUUUCAGUGGUUUUUCACUGAUGCAAAAUAAUGACUUUCUACCAGCUCUGAUGCAAAGAGAUCCAAUUUUGAUGAACAAUUUAUCCAGCAUUAUGUUCCAGGGGCUGCCUCUCCUCAUCUACAGGGAUUACUUUGUACAUGAAGAUAAGUUGUUGCAAACCUAUUUCCAUUCUCUUUUGUAAGCAAAUAAAAAUUUAAAACAA